GAGGGGCUCCGCAUUUUCAAGUCCCAAAUCCGUCCCGUUGGCCCAAAUUGAAUUGUCACUUUCCCAAGGGUCCACGCAAGUUCGUGCCAAAGCCCUACUUUUCCUUGGUUUACACCUUCUUUUCUGACUUCAUUAAACUCUUCUUUCCUCCCCCCCGGCCCAAAAGGGACUUGUCAACUACAGGCGGCUCCCUCCUGUACAGCGCCAGUGCCAAUUUGUUCCCCUCGACGCCCAGUCAUGAAGCUUAUGCGGAUAUAGCAAACAACAAAGACAUGGAGAGAACACGGGUCGCUAAGGUUGAAGAUGUGACCUUGGCGCGUCGUGGUGAACAGGUUGUUGGCACCCUCCACCUCACCCCUCAUCAUAUCAUCUUCUCCCAUACCCCGUCGCUGCCGGACAGUGCGAAACCUUCUGCUACGCCGAUCAGACCGAGAGAGCUUUGGAUCACUUAUCCUAUCAUCUCUUUCUGUACCUUCCGCCCCGCUCCGGCUGCUUCCCGCCAACCAUCGUCGAUCCGUUUGCGUUGCCGUGACUUUGCAUUCGUUUGCUUCUAUUUCGCCAGCGAGACGAAAGGCCGUGAUGUUUAUGAGAGUAUAAAGCAGUGGACAUGCAAGGUUGGGCGGAUCGAGAAACUCUACGCCUUCACUUACCAGCCACCACCUCCCGAGCGGGAGCUCAACGGUUGGGAGCUAUACGACCCCCUGAAAGAGUGGGCAAGACAGGGAGUAGACCGGGAUAACCAUGGCUGGCGUAUCUCUCGGAUCAAUACGGACUAUACGUUCUCCCCGACGUAUCCUGCGCUCUUGCCGGUUCCGUCCUCCAUUUCUGAUAAUACGCUUAACUAUGCGGGGCGAUAUAGGUCUAGGGCAAGAGUGCCCGUGUUGACAUAUCUUCAUCCCGUUAACAACUGCUCAAUCACAAGAAGCUCACAACCCCUGGUGGGUGUGCGUCAAAAUCGGAGCAUUCAGGACGAGAAGUUAUUAGCUGCGAUUUUCUCAACAUCUCGUUCCGAGAGACCGCUAGCAAAUUUCAGCCCUGCGCAUCUAGAUCGAGAAUCUUCUGGUUCAACACAAGGUGAUGCGAAUGAUGAGGCCGUGACUGAUUUGACCAGGGCGGAAGACUUGGAGGAUGAGCUGUUAACUUCAUUCCACAGCGACUCGGAUGGCAAGCAUCAGAUAUAUGGUGCACAACAACACAACUUGAUCGUUGAUGCACGACCGACGGUAAAUGCAUUUGCGAUGCAGGCUGUUGGUCUCGGCUCGGAAAAUAUGGACAAUUACAAAUUUGCAACCAAAGCAUAUCUCGGAAUUGACAACAUUCACGUUAUGAGGGACUCUUUGAAUAAGGUGAUUGAUGCUUUGAAGGACUCGGAUGUCACCCCUCUAGGACCAAAUAGAGACCAGCUUACGCGCAGUGGGUGGUUAAAGCAUAUUACUGGAAUUUUAGACGGCGCGGGCUUGAUUGCCCGCCAAGUUGGCCUCCAACACUCACACGUAUUGAUACAUUGCUCGGAUGGGUGGGACCGGACCGGACAGCUUAGCGCUUUAAGUCAGAUAUGUCUUGACCCCUAUUAUCGUACGAUGGAGGGCUUCAUGGUGCUGGUGGAAAAGGAUUGGCUUUCCUUUGGGCACAUGUUUCGGCACCGCUCUGGACCCUUGAACAGUGAAAAGUGGUUCCAGAUAGAGAAUGAAAGGAUCGGAGGUGAUUCCAAUCGUGGCUUCGGGGAGGCCGGCGGUGCGGGCAAAGCUAUCGAGAAUGCAUUCCUAAGUGCCAAGGGGUUCUUCAACCGAGAUAACACAAGUCGUGACUCUCUUCCGGAGUCCGAUGGAGAAAUGCAAAGCUACGAUUCAGAUACUCCUGGUACCAAGAAACUCAGCUCCGCUCCAAGGUCGGCUGCCCCCGAAAAGGAGGUGACGAAGGUGAAAGAGACUAGUCCAGUGUUUCAUCAAUUCCUCGAUGCCACCUAUCAACUGCUGUACCAAUACCCGACACGGUUCGAAUUCAACGAGCGGUUCUUACGCCGGCUGCUAUAUCAUCUUUACUCGUGCCAGUACGGCACAUUUCUUUAUAACAGUGAAAAAGAGCGUGUGGAGUCGAAAGCGAAGGAGCGUACCCGGAGUGUAUGGGAUUAUUUCCUCGCCCGGAAAGAACAAUUUCUGAACGCGAAAUACGAUCCCCAUAUUGAUGAUCAUAAGCGGGGGAAAGAACGCCUCAUAUUCCCACGGCUCAGUGAAGUCCGGUGGUGGAGUGAGGCAUUUGGUCGAACGGAUGUGGAAAUGAACGGUAUUCGUUCGACUGGAUCUCCUCCUACGCAACGUGAGAACAUUAAUAUGGAACGAUCACCGGUGCUAGCUGGCAUUGAGACAGCUCAGGAUGCUGUGACCGGUAGCACCGGUAUGAAAGGGGCUCACAAUGCUGCCUCAGCUGGCAUGGCAGCCGUCACGUCGGGAAUCUCGAGUUUGGCUUUCUCCAAGCCCAGGGAGAAUGGGCAAGACCCCCAAAACAUGGGUCAGCUUGAAGUUGAGAUGCAAUGAACGAGUAAAACGAAAAAAAAAAAGAAAGAAAAGAAAAAGAAAUGGAAAACUGUUUGGUAUUAGGCCAUAUUUAUGAAUCGGUGUAUCUACGAGAGCUGGCAGGAUUAUCGAUCCGGAUGCCACGGGCAUAAAUCUUCGCUUAUGAAUGUGUGCAUGAUUGUGUGCUUGGCCUGUCAAUUGUUUGUUCUUCGGUAUGAGUACUAGACAGAAAGAGAUACAGCAAGGGGAACGGUAAACCCAUGAUUUCAUGAUUCGCGCUGGAUUGAUCGACAAUGUGAGCAUAGCAAGAUGAAAAGUGUCUAGCUGACACAGACUCUAGUACUAUGUAUGUUCUUAGUAUGGGACCCUGGCAUCCAUGGAUGGAGAGCUCGUUGCCUAAAGUGGUUAAGGUUCGAUUGUAGGGGCCCAUAAAUUUCAGUGCCUGAGGCCACUGGACGGGCCAGGCAGGCUAGGUCCAAAAAUGGAAGGGGCACAAGCGACGGGCCAGGGUUAACCCUAUCACAGAAUUGGGAAGGGGAAACCCUAAACGGC